AUGACCACACCGGCGGGCUCUGGCACGGGUUUCGGUUCCGUGUCCUGGUGGGGUUUGUCUCCGGCGCUGGAUCUGCAGGCUGAAAGUCCUCCUCUGAACCCAGACUCUAAAGCAGUAACAGAGCACGGAAUUCCUGAGCUAGAUGUUCUUCUACUGGGCUCCGUGGAUGGACGGCACCUACUGCGUACCCUGGCCCGGGCAGUACAUUGGCCUCGCAGGAAGUUCAACUUCUAUGUGCUGGAGAAUAAUUUGGAAGCUGUGGCGCGACACAUGCUGAUAUUCAGCCUAGUCCUGGAGGAACCUGAGAAGAUGGGGCUGCAAGAGAAGAGCGAGACCUUCCUGGAAGUGUGGGGGAACGCGCUCCUGCGCCCCCCAGUGGCUGCCUUCGUGCGCACCCAGGCCGAGCACCUGGCGCACCUGGUCCCGGAGCCCGACCGUCUGGCGGAACAGUUGCCCUGGCUCAGCCUCAGUGUCCUCAAGUUCCGCGAGCGGGAUGCCCUGGAGGCUGUGUUUCGUUUCUGGGCGGGAGGGGAGAAGGGGCCGGAGACCUUCCCCAUGAACCGCCUCUGGGACUCGCGGGUGCGCCACUACCUGGGUUCCCGCUACGACGCUCGGCGAGGUGUCAGCGACUGGGACCUGCACAUGAAACUGCACGACCGCGGGGCAAACGUCAUCCACACCCGAGAGUUCCGACGCUGGAGGGACACCGGUGUCGCCUUUGAACUCAGAGACCCCAGCGCCUAUCACCUGCCUAACAGAACCCUGGCGUCCGGGCGCCUCCUGAACCACCGUGGGGAGCGUGUGGCGGCCCGCGGGUACUGGGGGGACAUCGCCACGGGGCCCUUCGUGGCCUUCGGCAUCGAAGCAGAUGACCAGAGCCUCCUACGGACCAGCAAUGGGCAACCAGUCAAGACUGCAGGGGAAAUCACCCAACACAACGUGACCGAGUUGUUCCAGGAGUUGGCCGCCUGGGGGCGAGCAAGAACCAGCCAGCGAGACCCCGAGCCGGUGCAGUGGGAGAAGGAGGCAGAAAACGUGCAGCCUCCAGAAGCCUCGGCUCAGGGAUCCUUCUCUGUCCACUUCCUGUCCCUUGACUCUGCCCAGACUCUCCACCAUAAAAACUGCUACAAGGAACGGUUCCAGCUUCUCUAUGUGGCCUGUGGGAUGGUCCAUCUCCUUAGUCCUGAGCUCGGGGCCUGCGUGGCCCCUGGAGGAUGCCUAACUGUGGAACUAGCUCGAUACCUGGUAGACCUGAGGGAGGAGCAGCUGCAGGCGUUCUCCGUCCGGGUUGGGGAGCUGGCUCGGGCGGCUGGGUUCAGCCCGCAGUCUGGGAUCAAGUCUUCCGAGACCUUCGCUCGUUUCUACAAGUCUGGGAACUCUCCUCCCGCCGCUGACACCAACCAAGCUACUGCGGAAUCUGUGACUCCCUCCGCAGACGUUCUGGUCCCGCCCUCUGAAGCCAUUUCCCCGCCUCUAGAAGCCAUUGCCACACCCCCUAAAGUCAUGGCCACACCCCCUGAAGUCAUGACCCCGCCUCCUUGA